AUGACCUACAUUAUAUACUCGUGUGUGUGCUCCUUCCUCUGUCCCAGUGACAACUCUGUCAGGCUGGUGAAUGGGACCAGUCUGUGCUCAGGCAGACUGGAGGUGAAGACUAACCAGUCUACCCAGCGCUGGUCCUCAGUGUGUGAAGAUGACUUUGACCAGCAGGAUGCAGAGGUGGUCUGUAGGGAGCUUGGCUGUGGGGCUCCUUCAGUCCUCCAGGUGCUCUAUGGAGAAGUGGCCUCAAUGAGGACCAAAGAGUUCCAGUGUGGAGGCCAUGAGUCUGCUCUCCUGGACUGUAGCAGCUCAGGCUCAGAUAGAAACACCUGCUCACCUGGAAAAGCUGUUGGACUCACCUGCUCAGAGUCUGUCAGGUUGGUGGGAGGAGCCAGUCGCUGUAGAGGAACACUGGAGGUGAAACAAGGAGAAUGGAGACCAGUGGAUAGUUACUAUAACUCUGACUGGAGCCUGAAGGCAGCAGCUGCUGCCUGCAGAGAGUCAGACUGUGGCUCUGCUGUUUCUGUAGAAGAGAGAGAAGAGUCCUCAGUCAGAUCUGUGUGGAGGAUCAGGUCUGACUGUGUUGAGUCUGGAUCUACUCUGAGGGAGUGUGCUGCAUCAGGUUUCUCUUCCUCCGUCCUUCAACUCACCUGUUCAGGUAAACCCAUCAAAGACAUGAAUGAAUGA